AUGAUUGAGAUACUAGAAAACAACGAUAUAUACAAGAAGUUGUGGGAAUGCAUGCAGAGAUUUCCAUUACACACUUCUUUGCACCAAAUUGUGAUUAAUUUCAUCAAACCACUCCUUUCUACAGAACAUCUCUCCAAGAUUAUUACUUUUUAUAUACCAAACUUGAUAACAGCAUACAAAGCAAGGGAUGCUAGAAUUCUUUCAGCAUCAUCACUUUAUCUCCUUAAAAAGAUGUAUAAAUAUAAAGAAGGUAAGGAAAUUAUUGAGUCGUUCCAAGAAGUUUCAGAAGAGUUGAAAGAAAAGUUUGAACUUUUUCAUCAAUCUCACCAACGUUCACGUCUUCAAUCACCAAGCUUUGCACAGUGGAAUCUUAAGCAUGGCUUUUUUGCUGAUGACAAAUUUGGCUUCAUUUAA